AAUCACGAAUGUAUCAUCUCCGUCAGUGCAUAUCGUCGGUCCAAAGUCCAAAAAAGAUGAUUAAACUACAUUAAUAGAACAGUGACCACCUACUCGAAACUGUAUUCCAGAACCAUCACCAGUUGUGUCUAGCUCAGCUAGAGAAACUACCAAAAAUGGUACUUGAGGUAUUCCGCAAAGUUACUAAUUUCUUGGAUGAUAAUCCAUCGUUACCCCUGGCAGUAGCCUUUGGCGGUCUCUACACUGUGUAUUAUUUAUGCUGUGUAGUAAAGAAACCUCGCAUAGCCUGCAGUGACAAGAGACUCCAGCAUCUGAUAGAACGUUAUUGUCCUAUAGCAAGGGAAUACUAUUGGCCAACCUGGUGGUGUUUUCAAGCUCAUGCUCAGACGCUGCUUAGAGCAAUUCUGCAGUCAAAACCUCACCCCAGCUACCGCAGUGAAUUUUUGCUCUUGCCAGAUGGAGGUCAAAUAAAACUAGACUGGUCUGAUAGCAAUCAUAAUUCCACCUACCUCGAGGAGAAUCGGCCAACAAUUCUUUUACUUCCAGGUCUUACAGGUUCCAGUGAGGAAACAUACAUUCAGCAUAUGGUUCAUAAUGCUGAGCUGCUAGGCUACAGGUCUGUUGUUUUCAACAACAGAGGCAAUGGAGGAGCAGACCUAUUGACCCCACGUACAUACUGUGCUGCCAAUGUAGAAGACAUGGAGUUUGUGGUGAAGCACAUCAAAAAGAGGUACCCAGAAGCUCCUUUGAUGGGAACUGGAAUUUCUCUUGGAGGGAUUAUCCUUUUCAACUAUCUUGUUGCCAUGGGCAAGGAGAGUGGACUCUGUGCAGGAAUGUGCAUAUCUGCAGCAUGGAACAUCUUUGAAUCAUGUGCAUCUCUGGAGAAGCCCUUGAAUCUGUUCUUUUUUAACCGUUACUUAGCUCGACUCUUGGUUAAAAAGGUUCAAGAGAAUAUCCACAUAUUUGAGAAACAAUUUGAUGUGGACCACGUUUUAGAGAGCAAUACCAUUCGUGAAUUUGACACUCGUUUCACUUCCAAGUUAUUUGGCUAUGAGUCUUGUGAGCAUUAUUACAAGGAAGCCUCACUGCAUGACAAAAUUCACGCUCUGGAAGUGCCCGUCUUGACACUGAAUGCAGCAGAUGACCCAUUCUCACCACUUCAUGCCAUUCCAGUUCAAGAAGCACAGCAGAACAACAAUAUUGCAAUGGUGAUUACUUCUCAUGGCGGCCACAUAGGAUUUCUGGAGGGAGCAGUACCACGUGAUAAGAACUACAUGUAUAGGUGGUUUUCCCAGUUUGCAGAUGCUGUUUUCAAACAUGGAUUUAAAGAAGAAUAACAACCGUUUCUUCAGAAUCUUCUCUUGUAGACACAUGACAGCAUAUAAAUCUAUAUAAUUUUCAGCCACCACCAUUUCUGUGCUGCUUUAAUCAUCUCAUUAAUAUCUUCCAUUUCUUGAAAAAAAAAAUUAAAAAGCUGGCAUGUAACUUGAAACCUCAAACCUUUGAGAACAAAUAUUUGAAGCAGUACCUCACAGGUCUUUUGAGGAGCUGGAGAGUUUGUAUAAAACGUCUAAAUCUUAGAGCCUAAACAGCAUUUGUCCAAAUAGAAGGCUUUUUUUAAAAAAGAAAAUUCUGCGCAUGUAAGAGUGAUAGGAAGUAUGAUGCUUCAGCUGCAUGGAUUGAAAGAGCAGAUGAGUGGUGAAAAAAGAGCAAGCAAGCAACUGCCGACAUGGCAUUUAGAUGCAGCUCCUGAGACAAAAUGGAUAUCAAAAGUUGUGUGUUUCCAUAACCAUUUAUAUCAACGAAUUUGAUGACAAUCAAUUGGCUAUAGAGAAGCAGUGAUUUUGUUUUACCGGUGAAAGGAGACUUUAUUUAUUUGAUGCUUUAUAGCCACUUAAUAAGAACAUCUUGUGAUAUUGCAUUUUCAUACAAAUAAUUGCUUGAUUCCUUUGUCUUUCAUUUGAUAAUUGUGGAAAUAGAUAUUGCCUUUUGAUAAAAAUGAAUAUAGCAAAUAUAUAUGUUUAUAUCAAUGUCUGCCCGUGUAAUGUGCAUGUCUGUGGGCACAUGAAAGUAAAGAGCAGUCUGCAGUCUGCUGCUUUUUUUUUUAAAUUAAAUUUGCUUAAAUACCUCAGUGCCAUCUUCCACCUCUUUCCUUCUGUGCUGUAGAAGCACCACUACCAAUUAUGAAGAGUUGCCAAUGCAGCUCCCUAUGUCAGAGUGAUACUUUGACUUGAGCCAUUUAAUAAAAUGUAGCUUAGUCCAUCUGAUUAGCUUAUAUAUAUACAUACACAUAUGUACACAUGUGUCAUGAUUGUUAUCUGUCCACAUUUAAAAGCAAUUUUGCAUAGGCCAUUGCCUCUGAUUAAGAGGUGAGAUGAGAAUCACCCAUCACUGGACAAAUGUAAAAUUGUGGUGCAAGUUCUAGGCACAAUAUAGCAGACCAAAUGUUCAAAGUGAGAUGUAUAUAGAUGUUAAGACUCUCUAUACAACAAGCUCUUGCCACUUGAUAUCUCAGAGCGACAAUAUUUUGUGGCAGUUAGAAAAAGGAAUCUGUUUCUUCAAGUGGAUUAGUGCCAAAGAGGAAUGGUUAUUUUCCAACAAGUACUGGUUUAUUAUCCACACAUGAAAUUAUGCAGAAGGUAAAUACAGUCUGACAUACAAUGAUUUUCAUGCCAUUUUUGUAAAUGAUCAGAAGAAGAGUUAUUGUACAAUGGUUGGCUUUUUCAACUGGACGAAGAUCGAAAAAGUUCGUCGUAUAACAGAUUUUCUUAUUGAAGGUAUUGGACAGAACGCCCUCGUAAGUGAUCUGGGUGCUCGAGCAUUCGUACAGUAAAGUACUCGUACACUCAACCCUAUCACGACCAGUUUCAUGGAUGACAAGAACAUGUAAACUUGCAACCUUGGGCUCACGUGGUCUGAACAGAAGUCACUUGGCAUUCAUGAAUUUAUGAAGAGAAUAAGUAAUUUAUAAUGAAAAGGAACAUUAAAUGUUUUAGACCUCAGUUCAAGAUUGGCUGGAUUGAUGUUUAUUCUUUCUGCUUGCUUUCAAAUAAAGCAAAGUUAGGUUUUGAAGUAGGCUGUUUUUUCUCUCUGUCUCUCUCCAUGUUUGUCGUUUCUUUCCAUUAUCUCGCUCCUACUGGUAGAAUAGAGGAAACUACACAUUGCACAAAUUACAGGGUCUCACGUUAAAUACUUGUCGGUUCAGACCCAUUUAUAACUGUUUUUAUCGUUGAGAUAAGAUUGCUGAUGGCAUGGAAAACAUUCCACUUUUGUGAUUGAAAUAAUAGUUCUAGUCUCCAUUUUGAUGCGAUUUUUUGCUGCCAGAUCUUGGACCUAUUCACGAGUGGCAUCACAUUUUAAUCAGCUUUAAGUAGCAAUAAAUCACAUUGACCUCACGGAUUGCCUUGUUGUUGUUGACCAUUGCAAAGUCCAUUCUCUAUGUCCCAGACUCGGCAUCGGUCACUGCUAAGAACAAGUUUUGUCGAGAUACUUCGCCAGAGCUUGGGGCGACUUUUCACGGCAUUCAGUCCAUUUUAUUUAGGUACAUCCUAGCCUGCCUUUUAUCUGUCAGAGUUUCGAUGCAUUUUCUGUGGCCACUAAAGCCUAGACUUCUUUCUAAAUCAAAUAAAUGUCCAGGUGCACUGAGAAGUAAAAAAAAAAAAACUUCCCCUUUUUUCAAAAUAGCAUUUAGAGUUAAGCUUUCAUUGUCACCAAUCUUGAAGAAACUAUCCAGGAGGCUGUAAAACUCCAAAAGAAGAAAAAAAUAUUGUAUGCUGUAGCGGUAAUAACAGUCGUAGUCGAACAUGGCAUGCACUGUGGCUUCUUUUUCUUUUAAUUAGGGACAUUUUUUUCUGAUCUCACGAUUGUCCGUGCUAUUUACUACCAGUUGAUGUUUUGCAUAAGAUAACUCAUUCUUUGUGAGCGAUUAAAAUGCAACGCUUUUGUGUUACGGGUAACAAUGCACAGGAAAGCACGCACAAUACCAGUCUUCAAUUAAUAAAGUCAACCUUAUAUAAAUAA